AUUAACAGUAAUUGCACGAUGUCAUCCAAUAGGGGGCAGUAGAUACUCGUAUACUAAUUUUAGCAGCAAAAGUUUAGAAGCAAGAAGAAGAGCACCAGGAAACGUCAAGAGAAGAUCCCUAGCAGAGAAAUGGCUACGGGAGUGGAUCAAGCUGCCGGCAUGAGUCUGAUUGUCUUCAGUCUUCUGCUGAUGACUUACUAUUCUAUCUGGGUCAUCAUUCUGCCUUUCGUGGACAGCAAUCAUGUACUCCACAAGUAUUUUCUUCCACGGGAGUAUUCUGUAAUUCUGCCUGGCAUUGCAGCCGUAGUACUACUCCUUUGUAUUGGGGCCUUCACUGCGUUUGUCAUGUGGAAAAAUCAGAAGCCAAAAAAGGUUAAUUAAUCACAUGAUCUGAUUAAGUAUAUUGUUACUGUAAAUCUGCAAAAUCAUUCCACUAUACUUUUAUUAUUUUUGUAUAUAGUUUGGGCUGUAGUGAUAUUCAGGGGUUCCGCUAUUAAUUUCAAUGUUAUUGAUAUGUUAAAAAAAAAAACUACAGAUCUGAUUUAAUCUAAAAAUCAGCCUUUAUUUUAGAAUUCUAUUCUUGAAUAAUGGAUUUAUCUCAGUGGACUAUUUAACCCUCCUCUGACAAUACAAUAUUGGUCUUUGCCUUCAUAUUAAAGAAUUUAAUCACU